AUGAGGAAUAUUUUGGGCGUCUUCUCAAUUUUGGUCCAUUUUAAGGUAACCUUGAACAAAACUUAACUUCAAUUUCAAAACAAAAACGAAAAUAUUUACAGACAAAAUGCGACUAUACAGAAAUAAUGAAUAUGAAAUUGGGUGUCAAAGUCGAAUUGCCAAAUAUAGUUUAUGAUAAUGAAUCGAUAAUAACAUCAACUGGACAUCCGAAAUGUAAGAUGAGUAUUCAUCGAACCGAUUUGGGGACAAAUCAAUGUGCGAGACAGCAAUUAGGAAUACAUGAUAAGAUUGAUUGGUCGACUAAGUUAUGCUAUAUUUGGCAUUGUCCAACGUGUAAGUUUUUGGUUUCUGAAAUUUUUAAGGAUAAGCCUAAGCUAAGGUUAGGAUAGGGAAUUUGCCUAAGUCUUUAGUAAAGCCUAUAAAGAAGCCUAAGCCUAAAUUGAGGGGGAGAGUUUUGCCCAAGGCUUUAGUUAAGCCUAUCAAGAAUCCUAAGCCUAGAGUUAGACUUAGAGUUGAGCCUCAGCCUUUCGUUAAGCCUAUGAAGAAGCCUAAGCCUAAAGUAAGGGUGAGAGUUUCGCCCAAGCAUUUAGUUAAGCCUAUGAAGAAGCCUAAGCCUACGCUAAGGUUCAUGGUUGUGCCCAAGCCUUUAGUAGGGCCUAUAGAGAGGCCUAAGUCUAGAGUUAGAAUUAAAGUUGUGCCCAAGCCUUUAGAUAAGUCUAUGAAGAAGCCUAAGGCUUAAAGUUGAGCCCAAGCUUUCAGUUAAGCCUACCAAGAAGCCUAAGAUAGUCAAACUAGUUUAGUUUUCCACGUCAUAGCCUCUGGGCUUCAUCUGAGUUAGCCUAAAUUCUACUGAAUCUCUCCCGUCAGCUUCAAAAUCCAAUUAUUUCCAGUAAAAUACGCAAUGCGAGUCGAAAAUUGUUGGAUGGGUUCACCUCGUCAUCCAGUCACAAUUCUCGACAAAAACGGUUGCUCGCCCGAAAAAAUCAUGCUGGAAACUCCAGUCUAUUCAUCGUAUAAUAAAGCAGUCGCAUCGGGUUUCGCAUCGAUUCGACAAGAAAAUAUGAAACAUAUUCAUUUUGGUUGCACAAUUCGAUUAUGUCAUGUUUGUGAUGUUUCUUGUCAAGCGAUGACGGUGGGUUUUUUUCAUUUUUUGUUGGGAAAUACAUAUUUAACAUUUCAUGAGCAAGUAAUUUCAGCCACCUCGAACAUGCAAUGAUAAUUUAACCAACGAUUACGAUGCAAUGUGGGCUUCAUCUUCAAAAAUGCGCAAUUUUUGUUAUCCAACUACAACCAUAUCUCCAAAUGAUCUCAACUCUAAUUUAUCAUCAGGAAAUUUCAAAUUCUUAAUUUUCACCCUGUCUUUUCUGCUCUCUUGA